AAGCGUUCUCUUCUUUGUUUUACAUGAAGUGCCAUGCCCGCUUCAAACCAUUCCUAUCAUUGUAGGUUAUCACUCUAUAAAUGACACCUGUGCUCUGGCCUCGAAACCAAAACCUUUUCAGAUCGAGCCUGAGUCCAACCUGCUGCACCAGGUGAGAAACACAACGGAACCCAAGCCCAGCCAGACUGCAGGUCAGUUCAGUAACAGGAUGUUGCUUGUUGUGUGUGUGAUGCUGUUGGUGGCCUCACGGAUGAGCUUUGGUAAGGUUGGUCCUUCCCUCGAUGAGCAGUGGGAGCAGUGGAAGACCAAAUACAAAAAACUCUACAAAGACCAGAAUGAAGAGGAGUUGCGGAGGAGAAUCUGGGAACAAAACAAGGAAAUGAUUGAAGUACACAACAAGGAGGCUAAACAGGGCAAUCACUCCUACAAACUAGGCAUGAACCAGUUUGGUGACAAGGAAUCAGUGGAGAUGCCUGUGAUGAAGGCUUCCGACAAGAUGUUGAGACACAUCUUGCCGAAAAUAUCCAGGAAAAUGACUGUGCUCGAUCAGGAAUUAAGAAAUCAGAUUUGGGAGAAGAUGAAUAAGAAGUUGAUUAAGUACGAAAAGUUCCUAAAUCAACAGCUGUUGAAUAACAUGAUUGCAGAGAUAGAAGAUGAUGACUGGGUGUCAGCAUACGACGUCUUGGAGAAAGUGAAAACCAACAAUCUCAUAUUAAGAGCUCUUGUCAUGAAUGACAUUUAUGAGCAGAUGGCUGAUCAAAGCAUCAAGUCAAAAGUCCUUAUCUUGACUGAUAUUGCUGAGACAGUAGCUCAGUACCAGAAGAUUAAGGUAUAUAAGAGCUCAGGAAAAAACUUGUCUAAAUCCAUCGACUACCGUCGUGACGGUCUGGUGACGCCAGUGAGGAACCAGGGAGCGUGUGGCUCCUGCUGGGCCUUUAGUGCUGCAGGGGCCCUUGAGGGACAGUUGGCCAAGAAGACGGGUCGCCUGCUAGAACUCAGUCCUCAGAACCUGGUGGACUGUGACCUUGAGAGCGAUGGCUGUGAUGGAGGAGAGCCAGACUUUGCUUUUGAGUAUGUGCAAGAAAACGGAUAUGUGCACUAUGAAACGGACUACCCGUACAUUGGAGAGAAGCAGAAGUGCCACAGAACCCCCCCACCGCCUGGUGCAGCCCAGUGCAAAGGCGUCGUGUGGAUCCCAGAGGGAGAUGAGCGCCUGCUGGCUGAAGCCCUGCAUGAAGUGGGUCCACUGUCUGUGAGCAUUGACGCCAGUGACAAAAAGUUCAUGUUCUACAAAAGCGGUGUUUACUACAACCCAGUGUGUAACAAAGACGCGCUCAACCACGCCAUGCUGCUCGUUGGCUACAAGGAGAAACACUGGAUUGUCAAGAACAGCUGGGGCGAGGACUGGGGUAAGAAAGGCUACAUUAAGAUCGCACGGAACCACGACAACCACUGCGGCAUCGCCAGUGACGCCAGCUACCCCUUGGUGUGAAGCAGCUAAAGGCACUGGAGGUCAUUGGAGGUCAUUCCUCCGCUAUGCUACUGUCUUCAUUUAGCAGAUGACUGCAAUAUUUGUGCUUCUGUCACUCUUUCAGGCCUUUGAUCACAUGAACCACCUCCUUCAUUAUGUAUUUAUUGGAACCAUUUACACCAACUCUUUAAAAUAUGGGAACAUUCUUCCGGAUUCUGUUUACUCAUCUUGAUUUGACCUGUUUUUAACCACUAUGAUGCUGAACAUAUUUUAGAUCUCAUCUAAGAAAGUGAACUUUUCCUGACCUCACUCCUGUAGGAACACGUUACUGGCCUGUGGACAUUAACAUUGGAGAACAUUACUAACAUAAAGCUUUUAUUAUUUCUAUAAGAUUCUUUAGCUUUGACCAGAUCACACACAUUUGGGGAAUUUGACUGUGUCUUUAAUUAAAUUAAAACUUGUGUUAAAUGAG